UCAGGUGUGCUGAGGUCCCGACCAAGGGCCCCUGCCUUUCUGAGCUCUGGCCGCCACGCCGCUGGGCAUAAAUGUGCUGAAGUGUUAGUGACAGAUGUGUAGAGAAGGUAUGACAGCAUUACAGCUGAAAGAGCUCUCCCAUUCAGACCUGUACAGGAGGAGACGAGAUCGGCCAGACAGUUUGAGACUAAAUGGGCUCCCGGAGGACAAGCUGAGCAACAUGGCCAACGCCCUGGCCAAUGCCACUUGUGAGCGCUGUCGAGGGGGUUUCGCACCCGCUGAGAAGAUCGUGAACAGCAACGGCGAGCUGUACCAUGAACAGUGCUUUGUGUGUGCGCAGUGUUUCCAGCAGUUUCCAGAAGGACUUUUCUAUGAGUUUGAAGGAAGGAAGUACUGUGAGCACGACUUUCAGAUGCUUUUCGCUCCUUGCUGUCAUCAGUGUGGUGAAUUCAUCAUUGGCAGAGUCAUUAAAGCCAUGAAUAACAGCUGGCAUCCGGAGUGCUUCCGCUGUGACAUCUGUGAGGAGAUUUUGGCAGAUAUCGGCUUCGUCAAGAAUGCAGGGAGACAUCUCUGUCGUCCGUGUCACAACCGUGAGAAAGCCCGAGGCCUCGGGAAAUACAUCUGCCAGAAAUGCCACGCCAUCAUCGAAGAGCAGCCUCUGAUCUUCAAGAAUGAUCCUUACCAUCCGGAUCACUUCAACUGCGCCAACUGCGGGAAGGAACUGACGGCUGAUGCCCGAGAACUGAAAGGAGAGCUGUACUGUUUACCAUGCCAUGAUAAAAUGGGAGUCCCCAUCUGUGGUGCUUGUCGACGGCCCAUUGAGGGGCGCGUGGUCAAUGCCAUGGGCAAGCAGUGGCAUGUGGAGCAUUUCGUCUGUGCCAAGUGUGAGAAACCUUUCCUUGGACACCGUCACUAUGAGCGGAAGGGUCUGGCGUACUGUGAGACACACUACAACCAGCUAUUCGGUGAUGUUUGCUUCCAUUGUAACCGUGUUAUUGAAGGUGAUGUGGUCUCUGCUCUCAAUAAAGCCUGGUGUGUGAACUGUUUCGCCUGUUCUACCUGCAACACUAAAUUAACACUCAAGAAUAAGUUUGUGGAGUUUGACAUGAAACCAGUGUGUAAGAAGUGCUAUGAGAAAUUCCCGCUGGAAUUGAAGAAAAGACUUAAGAAGCUAGCUGAGACCUUAGGAAGGAAGUAA